AUGGAUAAAUACAUUAAAGUGCGCAAGAUUGGAGAAGGAUCCUUUGGGAAAGCAAUACUUGUCAAAGCUAAAGAAAAUGGCCAACAAUACGUUAUUAAAGAAAUAAACAUCUCUAAGAUGUCAAACAAGGAGAGAGAAGAAUCCAGGAGAGAAGUCGCUGUAUUGGCUAACAUGAAACAUCCAAAUAUUGUCCUCUAUAGGGAGUCAUUUGAAGAAAAUGGCUGUCUGUACAUAGUCAUGGAUUACUGUGAAGGAGGAGACUUAUUUAAAAAGAUAAAUGCCCAGAAAGGAGUCUUAUUCUCUGAAGAUCAGAUUCUGGAUUGGUUUGUACAAAUUUGUUUAGCCCUAAAGCACAUACAUGAUAGAAAAAUCUUGCAUCGGGACAUAAAGUCACAGAAUAUAUUUUUAACCAAAGAUGGAACAAUACAGCUGGGAGAUUUUGGGAUCGCCAGAGUUCUUAACAGUACUGCAGAGUUGGCUCGCACUUGCAUAGGAACCCCAUACUAUUUGUCACCUGAAAUAUGUCAGAACAAGCCUUACAACAAUAAAAGUGAUAUCUGGGCCCUUGGUUGUGUUCUCUAUGAAAUGUGCACACUUAAACAUGCGUUUGAAGCUGGUAACAUGAAGAACUUGGUACUGAAGAUAAUCUCUGGACCUUUUCCACCUGUUUCUGCUCAUUACUCCUAUGACCUGCGUAAUCUGCUGUCACAGUUAUUUAAAAGGAAUCCUAGGAAUAGACCAUCAGUAAACUCCAUAUUGGAGAAAAACUUCUUAGCCAAAAGGGUUGAAAAAUUUCUCACGCCAGAGCUUAUUGCAGAAGAAUUCAAUCACAAAAUUUUCCAGAAGUUUGGACCACAUGCUGCACCAGCUAAAAGACCAUCUCAAGAACAAACAAUGACUUCAGUUGCACCAGCUCAGAAAAUUACCAAACCUGCUGCAAAAUACGGAGUGCCUUUAACUAUCAGGAAGUCUUGUAUUGCACCUAAAAAGCCUAAUGACAAGAAGCCAUUGACUAAAUCUAGACAGGCCUUUCCAAGUCCAAUGAAGAAAAUUAUUCCAGUAGAAGAAAAGUGGAAAAUGUUUGAGGAACCUUCAAAAAAGAAAAGGUUAGAAUUGCCUGAAAAAGAAAAGCGCCAGAGAGAGCAGAUCAGUUUACUGAAGGCAGAUGAAAUGAGAAGAUCGGAAAAAGAAAGGAUGGAACGAAUAAACAGAGCCAGGGAACAAGGAUGGAGGAAUGUGCUUGGUUCAGGUGGAAGUGGUGUUAAGGCACCAUAUUAUGUCGGUGGAGGUGGUGUUGGUCCUUUUCCUAUGUCUUCCAGAGGACACUAUGAACACUAUCAUGCUAUAUUUGACCAGAUGCAACACCAAAAGGAAAACAUUAGAGUAGCUGAAGAGAGGGGUGCCAGAUUGAGGGCGAAACUACAAGGCCGAGAAGUUGUUGAAAGAGGAAUUCCACCUGGAACACGUCCAGGAGUUCCUAAGGGACCUGCAGGUCAUCACCAUUUACCUGAUGUUGGUGCAGUUAGGAAAAAAGUGAAAAGAUUGAAGGAGGUGUCUAAACAAGCCAAUGCAAACAGGCAAAAAGGAUGGAUCGCUGCAGAUAGAGCAAAGCAAGUUGAAGAAUUCUGGCAACGAAAGAAGGAAGCCAUGGAAAACAAAGCUCGAGCUCAGGGACACAUGGGUACACUGCAAAGCGCGGCAGAUCCCUGUGGAGGCAGGUCCCUUUCUGCGAGAGGAAGGAAAUCCAGAAACAAGGAGGAAGAGGAAUAUUUGGCAAGAUUGAGGCAGAUUCGGCUACAAAACUUCAAUGAACGUCAACAGAUUAGAGCAAAACUUCGUGGAGAGAAGAAUGAAGCUGCCAGUUCUGGUGGACAAGAUUCAAGUGAGGAAACAGAACUAAAACGCAAAAAGAUAGAAGUGCAGAAGGCCCAAGCAAAAGCUCGAGCUGCAGUUCUGAAGGAACAGUUAGAGCAAAAGAGAAUGGAAGCAUAUGAAAGAGAGAAAAGAGCCUGGGAAGAGCACCUGAUUGCGAAAGGGAUAAAGACUCCUAAUGUGCCUUUUCAUGUGGAAGCUACGGAGCACAGUCCUAUACAUGGACAACAAGAGCCUGGAGCAGCUCUUCCUAAGCCACAACUUCCAGUGAAGCCUGGUGUACCAGUCAUCUCCAUGACUUCUGCUUUGAAGGAAGUGGGUGUGGAUGAACAUGUAACUGCUGUCCAGGAAUCUGAGGAGGAACUAAAAAAGCCAGACUCUGCAAUGCAAAAUAAGCGAGAAAUACUGAGAAGAUUAAAUCAAAAUAUUAAAGCCCAAGAAGAUGAGAAAGGAAAAAAGGAGUGUAAAAGCAUCUCUGAAUCAGCUGGGUCUGAAGAUGGUAAGGAAGCACAAGAAGGUGACCAUCCACUUCUAGCAGAUCGCAAAAAAUGGGAAUCUGGGACAUCUGAGUUGGUAGUUCCUCUAGCUCAGUUAUCGAUGGAAGAGUCUCUCUCUGGAACAGAGUGUCAAACUCUGGGGGAAGUAAUUAAAUUAGAUACUGGUGAACCCCACAGGAAAGUCUGGGGCAAAAGCCCUACUGACUCAGUCCUGAGGAUCCUAGGAGAAGCAGAGUUGCAGCUGCAAACUGACAUACUAGAGGAACAAGAUGUAAUAAAUGGUACUGCAGAAAUUGAAGGAGAUCAUCAGUCUCCAUCAGAGGAGAAGGAAGAGAAGGCAUUAUCUGCUGUUGGAGCUCAGUCCUCAGUACCAGUUGGUGACACAGAGUCUGUCCUGACUGUACCAGAGGAGCCUCCAAGAACUGGACCUACCCAGGUGCAGAGCAAACCUAUUAUUCUGGACGAGCCUGAUGAUUUGGAAGCAGAGAUGUUGGAAGAAAUGGAAGAUAAAAAGCAGCAGAGUAAGGAAUUUCCCAUCACUGUUAAUGAAGUGUGGGUAAAAGAGAAAGAGGAUAUGGCACAACAUGACAGAAUAAUUGAUGCAGCUUCUGAGAAACUCACACUUGACAAGGUGAAGCCACAAGAGGAAGCUCCAAAAGGUCUUACUUCCAAAGAGCGAAUUUCUGAUGGAGUAGGAAGACAAAUUGUGGGUAUUAUGUUUGUCAGUUUGGAAGAAAACAUACUUUCUUUUACCACAACAGAAACCUGUUCCAGUGGCUCUCGGCAAGCUGAACCCUUAUUCCAGAGGGUAAUACAGCCCACAGCUGUACCAACAGUCUCACCAGUUCUGUCAGCUCAGUCUUCACAGGAAGAGCCUUUUGUACCUCGUUCGCGUUCCAUAUCACCAGCAAAAAUUAAAGGCAAAAGUUCCUUGUUGAUUGGACUUUCUACAGGACUUUUUGAUGCAAACGACCCAAAGAUGUUGAGAACAUGUUCCCUCCCAGAUCUUUACAAACUGUACAGAACUUUUGUUGAUGUUCCCAGUGUAGCAGAUGUGCAGAAUCAACAUAAUCUUGAAAUAGAUGAUACGGAAGAUGAGCAAGCCAAAGAAGGACCCUCUGAUUCUGAGGAUAUUAUGUUUGGAGAGACAGAUACAGAUUUGCAGGAACUCCAGGAUUCAAUGGAACAAUUGCUUAGGGAGCAGCCUAGUGAGGAAUUCAGUGAAGAGGAAGACUCUACUUUAAAGGCUAAUGUCAUUGAAUGCAUAACAAAUGGUACCGAGCUGGAUGAAGGAGAUGAAAAUAACCCCAGCAGUGAAAGUGCACUUAAUGAAGAAUGGCAAUCAGAUAAUAGCGAUGGAGAAAUUGCCAGUGAAUGUGAAGAAUGUGAUAGUAUCUUCAGCCAUUUGGAAGAGCUGAGAUACAACCUGGAGCAGGAAAUAGGCUUUGAUAAAUUAAUUGAAGUUUAUGAGAAAAUAAAGGCUAUACUUGAAGAUGAAGAUGAAAAUAUUGAUAUUUGUUCAACCAUAGUUCAGACUGUUCUUGGGAAUGAGCACAAACACCUGUAUGCCAAAAUACUUCACCUAGUGAUGGCAGAUGGAGCCUACCAAGAAGGUAAUGAUGAGUAAACCUGACUCAGGAAGUUCCUUAAUGCUGUACUACACAUCAGUGUCUGAAGUCUGCACAGCUGAAUAACAAAUUGUAGUGGAGAAUGUAACAUGGGGCAUGAGAAGCAAGACUUCAAAAAAGAAUGCUGAUUGUAUGAAAAGGAGGAAAAACAUGCCUUUUGAAACUGAGAUACCUAUAGAGUUCUCUUGUGUGUAUUUGCACACAUGUUCCUUAAACAUUAUGUGCUCAAAAUUUUUAAAAAAACCAAA